AUGGACCCGUUGAAGUACUUGUUUGAAAAACCAGCACAAACGGGCAGGAUAGCAAAAUGGCAGCUACUGCUUUCAGAAUUUGACAUCACAUAUGUCACUCAGAAGGCAAUCAAGGGGCAAGCACUGGCCGAUCACUUAGCAGCACACUCCCUGCCCGAUUAUCAACCAGUGAAGACCUUCUUCUCUGACGAGGACAUUCUCCUGAUUAAAGAAGAAGAAGAAAUGAAGGCAGGAGUGUGGACACUCUUCUUCGACGGAGCGGAAAACUCAAAAGGGAGUGGAGUAUGUGUCAUACUCUACUUUCCCGAGGACGUCCCAAUUCCCAUAUCUAGAAGGCUGGCAUUCCAAUGCACUAACAACGUAGCAGAGUAUGAGGCAUGCAUCGCCGGUCUAAGAGAAGCCAUCAUCCUCAACGUGAAGAAGUUACAAGUCUUCAGUGAUUCACAACUCAUCAUCAAUCAAAUAAAGGGUGAUUGGAAGACUAAUGAUGAAAAGUUGAUCCCUUAUCACAUGUAUCUGGAGAAUUUAAUCAAAGAAUUCGAUGAGAUCACAUUCUCUUACAUGCCCUGA